AUUUAAAUAUAAAGAUAUGGCAAGUGAAGAAGUCAAAGAAGUCCUCGAAAAAGUUAGAGAAACCCUCAAGGCAAGAGGUGCAAGAACCAUUGCAGGCCUUGGAAGAACCUUCAGAGCCUUAGACUCAUACGAUGGUAACAAAAAGGUUGACAAAGAAGAGUUUGUAGUCGGACUUAGAGAAAAUGGAGUCGACUUGACUCAAGACGAAGCUGAUGCUCUAAUGGGUCACUUUGACAUAGACGGAGAUGGUCAUGUGUGCUUUGAUGAAUUCCUUGUUGGAAUUAGGGGAAGACUUAACGAAAACAGAGAACCUAUUGUGCACGAAGCUUUUGCCAAAUUUGAUAAAGAUUCAUCUGGUGAAAUAGCUAUAGAAGAUAUUAAAGGUGUAUAUAAUACCGACUUUCAUCCUGAUAAGCAAAGUGGAGAAAAGACCGAUGAAGAGAUCUUCCAAGACUUCCUAUCAAGCUUCGGAGACAAGAAUGAUGAUGGCAUAAUCACCAAAGACGAAUGGAUCGAGUACUACUCAGCUGUCUCAUCCAACAUCGACGACGAUGACCACUUCAACCUGAUGAUGAAGAACGCUUGGCAACUUGAUUAA